GACCUGGUGGCUGGGGUGCAGCCAACAGGCUGGAUUACUCAUAUGGUGACUUCCAGGACACAGUGCGAGAAACACCCACGGGUGCUGGCAAAGCCAGGUCUUCACGGGUAGAAAGAAGUGCCCCAUUAUCUGACCACAAAAUCAGGUUAAUUUUUAACAUCACAGCUAGUGUGCCAUUACCCGAUGAAAGAAACGAUACCCUUGAAUUGGAAAAUCAGCAGCGGCUCAUUAAGACGUUGGAAACUAUCACAAAUCGACUGAAAAGGACCCUUACUAAGGAGCCCAUGUAUUCCUUUCAGCUUGCCUCUGAAAUGCUUGUAGCUGACAGCAAUUCCUUAGAAACAGAAAAGGCUUUCCUCUUCUGCAGACCAGGCUCCGUGCUGAGAGGCCGAAUGUGUG